AUGUCGGAUCUGAACGUCACCGCCCCACCCUUCGCCCCCACCUCCGCGAAGGCCUCCGACCCCGCCGCCCGCGACGCCGCCGACGCGUCUCACCCCGCGCCCCCUCGCGUCGGCGCGCCCCCGGAGGAGAAGGAGAAGGAGAAGGAGGAAGGGGCGGGAGAGGGAGAGGAGGAGGCCGCUCUCGACGUCGCGUCGGUGGACCCGACGCUGACGCUCACCGUCGACGCGGCGACGCGCUCGGCGAGGGAGAACUGCGCGCUGGUCCACGCGCUCUGUUCGCUGCUGACCUCGACGCGCGGACGCGUCGCGCAGCUCGAGGCGCGCCUCGCGUCGCUGCAGCUCGAGCUCGAACGAACCGGAGGUCGACGAAGCGGCUCAUCCGAGUCGGAGCGGUCGUGGGAGCGCGCCGGCGCGGACGCGCCCCCGACGACGCCGGCGUCGCCGCCUGAGCCCUCGCCCGUCGCGAACGGGCUCGCCUGGGCGGACGACGACGACGACUCGCUACCGCCUCCGCCCCUGGCCCCCGCCCCCGCCGCCCCCGUCGCCGCGCGCCGACCGCCCGCCCCGCCGCCCUCCUCGCCUCGAACCCUCGCGCCCCACCCUCGCUCCCACGCGUCCUCCCCGACCCCCACCGCGGAGGCGCGCGCGAGCUUCUCCAGCGUCGUGGAGGGUCCCAGGGCGCCCACCCACGACGACGACGACGCCUUCCCCAAACUCGGAGCGGCGCGGGACGAGGACGGGGACGGGGACGUAAAGUCGGCACCCGGGGACGGGGACGGGGACGGGGACGACGAGGAUGAGCGGGACGCCGACGACGUUGGCUUUUACGACGAGCGCGUGCGCGGAUACGAACCGGCACACGCCGACGACGGGUCCGACACGAUCGACCCGCGAAACCCGGUGGUGAACAUCAUCCGGCUUCCGGACGCCUUCGUCGAGCGGUACCUCUGGGACCUACCGCCGGCGACGAAUUUCGCGAACGGCUCGGACGACGAGCAGUCUCACCCCGACCUGACCACCGCCGUUUCAGCCGUUUCAGCCGUUUCAGUCGUCGACGGGGACGAGGACGUCCGAACCGACGUCCGCGAAAAGGGCGAUCUCGACGACGAAGGCUUCCGCUCGGUCACCGGCCCCUCGCACCAUCGGCGCGACCGAACGCGCGGCGAGGUGUUCGCGCGCGCGUGCGCCGCGCUCUCGCUGCUGUGCGAAGCCGUCGGUAUCGGCGUCCCGGCGGCGGUCAAGGUCAAGAUCCGCCGAGCCCCGGUGGGACAUCGCUCUCGGAUGAAAUUUCACGCGUCUGUGCGAUUCGCACGUUGGCAUCACGAGGGGAUCAGGUGCGCGCUCGCGAACGCGUCGCUGGACGACGACCCGGGCGGGUUCGUCAGGGUUCGCAACUUUUACGCCGGCGACUACGUGGAUUUGCGCAGGGAUCGGGAUCAACGGCUUCGCCCGCGGGGGCCGUCGAGGUUGAAGGUUUUCGGCUUCGGCCACCCGACCCUGUUGCACCACAAGAUCGCGGAGUUUGACCUCGGCGGCGACGGGUUCGUCACCGCGGCGGAUGCCGAGUUUGCCGGGUGGCGUGCCGACGGCGCGGGCGGCGCCAACGUCGUCCAUUUCGACGACGUGGACUCCGCAAGGCACCCCCGAGGGCACCAUCCUCGCACCACCCUCGGCGGACCCGGCGUCCUCCCUCCUCGUCCCCCCGCCGAGCCGUCCGGGGCCCCCAAGUCGAAGUCGUCCGUCGCGAGCACCACUCGGGAGUACUUUCCCGAGACGCGUCGCGGUUGGGUCGAGACGGACGAGCGGCGGGACACCCGGUGGAGGCCCAGCGCCAAAGUGUGGGAGGGACCGUGUUCGACUUGCGGCGAGCCCGGUCUGCGGGUACCCUUCCGGCCGGUCGUCGGGGGUAAGCCGCCGAGGUGCGUGACGUGCGUCGGCGACGAGGCGGCGAGGCGAAGGCUCGGGUAG